UGUAAAACACGUUUGUUACUUGUGUUUUAAAAGGAGCUCGCAGAGGGACUUUUGGUGAGGAUUUCUUCACUUUGUGUGGCAGGAGGGGGGCCCAGCCCUCCCGUCUGUCAGCGCUGCAGUCAGUCAGUCAGUCAUGUUGUGCUGCUAGUUGUUGUUCGGCAGCAACACACACCGACUGGUGCGCAAACUGAAAGCUGCGUUCAGUGUUAAUGCCAAGUGACGGAUAUAAGCGACGUGUGUGCGGGCUGCUGACUGUAUCUCCCGCAGCAACAGCUCAAGGUUUUGCAGCCGGAUCGGCGUCGGGAGAGUAGUGGAUGGUCUAGAAAAACAGCCUGAGCAAACGCCUGCUCGUGUCGGAAAAGGAGUGUUGCCUCUUCUUGCGAGAGGAGAGUUGUUCGCUCCGUCUCUUCUCUCCUCUCCUCUCCGUCGAUAUUGAAAAAAAAAAAAACGGGGUUCCCUCGAGUGGAGUGGCGAAACAUCGGCGACGGUCGCGUUUAUUUCCUCGAGUUGAGCUGGAUCGGUUAACCAGUUCGGACGACGCUGACUUGCCUUUUUACCUAUAGCCAUUCGGAAAACAAGGUGCCCUGACUGUCUCCUCACACUACUGAAAAUCAGACGAGAUAGUGCCAGCCACAGAGAGAGCUACGUUACGGCCCCGUGGAGAAGCAUGUGAUGACUCACGCAAGGCAGAAGGGUUCCCUCAGGCAGAGCCGCAGUAGUGCUGAGUGGUGGGACAACUGUCCUCUUUGGCCACAUGGUGGCACUAUGGGUGGCGCUUGGCCUGAGCGCUCUCUGCGAUUCGGCAGGACGAAGAAGAUAAAUGAAAUCAUGAAACAAGGGAAAGACACGGCCAAGACUCUCAAGAGAGGGAGAAGAGAAAAAAAUGAUCAGAAAAGAAAACUUGACCGGAGGCGUGACAAGAAACGGGACAGGAAGUUGUAUCCUUUGCGGGGGAGGUCUGGGGGUUCAGGUGGGGAAGGGCUCAGCUGCCACGUCCUCCUCACCCGAUUGGAGGAAAGCAUUCGUGAAAAGGAGAGUUCUGAAGAAAGGGAAGGAAAUACUGCUCGUCGACAUGUGUCCCUCAAACACAAACCCAAAAAAGGGAAACGCAAUGAAAGAAAAGAGGCAAAGGCAUCACCAAAAAACAAGUCAAAGUCAGUUAGCUCAAGUCACAGCGAUUGUAUUCAUGUCUUACAACCACGCAAGCGCCGACUGGCUUCUCUCAAUGCUGAGGCAGUGAACAGUCUUCUGCUUGAAAGAGCUACUGACCCUCAGCCAGCAGCCAAACAGGCCAGGAGACAGGAAGACCUCACAAAUGGAGGGGGUUCCCUGGAUGCAGAUCCAGUCAGAAGUGGUGUCCCUGGAGGUCUGAAGGCAUCACGAGGAAACAUGAGUAAAGCCUCCACGUCCCACAGAUUUCAACUGUGCCAAAGCUCUAAGCCAGUCAAGAAGGCCAAAGUCAACCGAGGUGAUGAGAGCAGGGGUAUGAGUCAGGAGAGUCUGGAUGCCCCCGCCCCCAGACGAUUGGCUGGACUCAACGCCGCAGCCCUGCUGAAGUUAACUAGCUCCUCUGCUACCAGUAAACAGAGAGUAAAGGCUGCACCCACAGCUACUAUCACAUCAGACUGCAAGGCUCCUGCUGCAUCCUCAACCCCAAAACAGCACUCCAGAGUCAAACUCAAACACAAGGGGCGAUCGCAAAAGCAGAAGGGGAAAAAGGCUCCUCCCCUGCACAGUGGCUGCACAGCCUGCAAGAAGAAGGCGGACUUUGAGCCCAAAGUGGAAUGGGAGACCGGCAGCUGCACCCACAGACUGACCAAACCAGGCUACCAGUCACGCAGCAUGCUAGCAUACCCGCUAAAGCAAGUGAAGGAGGAGCAGCUGGAGACCGAACUGAGCCCAUACUACUGCUGUCCCCCGGAGGGCUCAGUGGAAUACUGCCACCGCUUGGCCUUUUUCCUGGGCCAGCAGCCCUACGGCGAAUCAGACGAUCAGUCUCUUAACACAACCAUGACCCCUGUGAAGCGUGAGUGCCUCGUAACCUCACCGUCCCUGACCCAUUCCCACCCACACACAGCCCUGACCCUCAGCCCCCACCCCUGCCUCUGCACAGCUGACCACUGCUUCUCCAGCUACUACGUCCACAUCACCCACCCAACACACACUGGAACGACGUCACCAACCCUGGCCUCGCGACCUCUGAACUUUGCCCCUUCCAGCUUGUGCCCUAAUCGGAUGACUGGCUCCAAGCUGCUGGGUCCACGGGUGUCCCACGCCUCAGGGCUGGCCCACCCCGCCUACUGCAACUCCAUGGCUUCGCCCUGUUACGGUGAUGCCUGCGGGAUCAGUGGCUACACCUACAGAGCCAUGCCUCCCGUCACCAGCAGGGGUUGUUCUUUCAGCACAGGAUGCACUGGAUGUACACACAGCAUCAAAACAGAGGGUUACUCCUCCUCUCAGGGUGACCACAGCCCCUCUCUACUGGUUUCCCCCUCCCUGCCCAUCUCCAGCUGCCCUCUAUCCAGUGUGCCCACUUCCACCCAAACUAAACCCCACCUGCUGACCCCCCUGUCUGGGCGAGACCAGCCCCAGGCCAGGUUAAAGCUGGCCAGGGAAUGCCCGCAGAGCACCAAGCCCUCCAACGGUUCCCUGUCAAUGGGCCGCACGCGGCUGCCCCAGAAACAGCCAUCGCCUGUGCCAAGCCUCAGCAGCACCAAACAAAAGAAAGUCAGCCGUAGACGUGCCACCAACGGCUGGAGGCCGGUUGGGAUCCCCAUAGAGAGAGAGGUCUUCAUUGCGGGAGAAGAUGAGACGGCCCUGCGGCAGUGUUAUGAAGGAGUCGAGAGGGAUGGUGAAGUGAUACGUGUCAGAGACACUGUGCUGCUACGAUCGGGCCCCAGGAAGAAAUCCCUCCCAUAUGUUGCUAAGAUAUCAGCGCUGUGGGAGGACCCCAAAACAGGAGAGCUGAUGAUGAGUCUUUUCUGGUACUACCGACCUGAGCAUACCCAGGGAGGCCGAGAUCCCAGCGCACACUGUGAGAAUGAGAUUUUCGCCUCUCGGCAUCAGGAUGAAAAUAGUGUGGCCUGCAUAGAAGACAGAUGCUACGUUCUCCCACUAGCCCAGUACUGUAGAUUUUGUGCCUUGGUGAAGCGGCGUGCCGAAGGUGCCCCACCUGGCAGCGCCAGCAUGGUGCCCUGCCGCCCCGACUUCGCCCCCCCUUCCCACCGCUGUGUGCCCACAGACGUCGAUCCCGAGCUGGUGUAUCUCUGCCGGCAUGUCUACGACUUCCGCUACGGACGCAUCCUGAAGAACCUGCAGUAAAGGGUAAAGGGGUCGCCAGAUCUAUGAAUUAAUCACCACGAAGCUCCCCUUCCUGCACAGAGACAGAGGGGGAGCUGAAGGACUGAACACCCCUGUCUUUUUCUGCUGGGGACCUCACGAUCAGAGGGGAAGGGGGAUGACGGGGUUCGGCUGGUUUUGGCGAGGGACAGAUAACGCACGAAGUGACACAUUAUGAAGCACAGAUCCCUUUAGUCGACCACAGAAGGGGUCACAAUGUGACAGAUUAAUCCAUCUCAGUCAGAGCACCGAUAUUUCCUGGUUUAGAAGAGCGAGGAAGGGACUUUUCGUUCAUCAGCCUGGAUUUUUUUGGCUUCCAUAACACUCUGAGGUUACAUGGAAGGUUGUGUGUGUGUAUCCAACAAACCCCCGCCCUUUGCCUGCCAGGAAUGCUGAGCACCAGGCUGAAGUGGGCUACUGUCAGGACCGUGUUUCCCCCAAAGCAUCUUAGCACAACAAUCAUGUUUGUUCCAUUUGUAAGCCAGUGGCUCAGGGAUGGUCCGCAGCUAAGGUGCUUCCGGGGAACACAAGCCUGCACUGUCAGCUCAUUGUUAACGGUGUUCAACCAGCCAGGGUGAAGGAGCAGCUAAUGGAGAGUGUCGUCUUUUUUCUCCUGACUUUUCUUUGUGUGUGUGUGUGUAUGUGUGUGUAUGUGUGUGUGUGUGUGUGUGUGUGUGUGUGUGUGUGUGUGUGUGCGUGCGUGCGUGCGUGUGUGUGUGUGUGUGUGUGUGUGUGUGUGUGUGUGUGUGUGUGUGUGUGUGUGUGAGAGUGAGUGUGUGUGUGAGAGAGAGAGUGGGAGAGUGUGUGUUGUCAGUGUAGAUAAAUGGAUAAACGUGGGUAUGUGUGAUGGUUUUUUUAGGAGGCUUUCAGGCAAUCAAACCAAACAAGCAGCUUUAGAGGAAGCGGAGCUCUCUCUCCCCAUUCUCUCUCCUGUGUGCCACAGCACACUGACACUGACAGAAACAUUUUCAUCUGAAGUGAUGCUCUGUGCAAACUGAAAUACUGUACCUGAAGGGGGGAUGUGAGACAGAUAUUUCCUUACCAAACUCAACUCUAGAGCACAGCUUCUUUAACUUGGGGUCAGGACACUAAAAAUGUCUCUAAACUGAUUCUAUUAAUCAAAACACACACACACACACAUGACAAAAGCCCCAGUGGAUCUUCAAACUCUCAGCCGCAGUCCUGGUUUGAAGAAGCCUUGUUCUAGAGAGGCUCUUUUAAGGGUCCAAUGGAAAGAGUCCUUACUGAGGAGCUGAGACCCUGCUUAGCCCUGUGAAGGCUUAUGGAAAGGAGGGUCAUCGUUCAUGGUUUUGUGUUUGUUUAUUGUCACCUUUGCUGUUCCCUGUGACUUGCCUUAUGACUUGCAGGUAGAGCUUUAGGCAGCUAGUCUCGCCACAUACGACUAGGAAGUGGUAGAGUGGGUUUACAGUUGUCCCAAGAAACAGGAUUUUGUUGCCAGUGGACUGGCAGCUGUGACAUGAUCACUGGAGACGCACAUUGAAAAUGCACUGGUUUAGGGCUGCAACUAAUGAUUGUUUUCAUUAUCUAUUCAUCAUUUAGGCAAUAAAGAAAAAUGUCAGAUCUUUGCAUUUAAGAGGCUGAAACCAUCCUGUAUUUUUGGCAUUUUUGCCUGGACCACAGCAGCAUGACCAGCCUUAUAACUGCGAAUGUCUGACUGAGGCUGGCCAGGUGUUUGUUUUUCUCCAUUGGCUGUCGCUCUUUCAAAUUGAAUUGGCAUGAGUAGUUCCUAUUAGUCAUCAGGGGAACGUUUACGGGCAAUUUUGCCAAUUUAGCGCCUUUGUCUCCAGAUUUACCAACUUUUUAAACCCCUUUAGUUAGUUUCUAACGCUCUCUCUGAGUGAUUAUUUUUAUUGAGAGUAGUUGUUUACAGAUCUACAUGCACAAUUUCACACAUUGACCAUACACAGUCUGGCUAUAUACUAGGUUUUGACCUGGUCUUGUUGCAUUAAAAAAUUGCUUAAAUGAUUAUUAGAUUAUCAGAAUAGUUGCAGAUUAUCUGUCGAUCGACCAAUUGUUGCAGCUCUACACUGGUUAGAAACACAGUGCACUUUUCAUGUUGUCGACCUGCUGUGCUCUAGCUGCUCACCUUGUGUCCUGAAGUGUCACAGUAUCUGGGAAAUGUCUAUUCUACCUUUUCUAAUUCAACUCCCACGCUAUUUUUUCUUCCUCCUCCUCCUCCUCCUCCUCUUCCCCCCAAGAUAAACCAAAGGAUGUCACACAAGCCAGAGUCCCCAUCUCCUCCCUGGCACUUCUUCUUCUUGUCAGCACUUCUGCCCUCGUUCCCUUAUUAUAUUGCACUAAUCCAUUCCUUAAUUACAACAAACUUUUUUUUUGGUUCUAGCUACUAAUAUCCUCCCGAGGGUAACAUACUGUGUAUCAUUUAUGUGUUUGUGUUUCAUGGAGAAGGAAACAGGAAAGAUGUCAUGGCUGCUUUUGUCAGUGCAAAUUGUAUAUUUCUGUCCUUUCACCAGUAGAGGAGUCGGCCAGCGCGUUUGUGGCAUUACCUGAUGCACAACCUAUUAUAUAUAUAUACAUAUAUAUAUAUAACUAGAGUCAUUCCAUUUGAUUUUUCAAUCAGCUCUGACAUACUUAUAUAAAUAUACAGUAUAUAUGUAUGUAUGUAUCCACACUGUUAAUGUGAUUAGAUCUAAAAAAGGCAUCUGGAUGGAGGCCUGACUCGCUGUGCGGACAAACAUAGCACCAUGUUAGACGUGUACUUGGACUGUAGGGGGGGAUUGCGGGUGGGAAUGUGUGGGGGCAGUGUUUGAUACUUAAUUGAGUUGUGGUGGGUUUUCAUACCACACUCUUAUCAUUGCCUUUUAAACUGCAAGUGUUUUACUGUCAUUCAGAAAACGAGUAGUGUCAGAGUGUGUGUACCUUUAAAAACAUAAAGAGUACCCGAUUGCUUUCCUACACAGCAAACGCCCUGAUCUUCAACAUUGGAUAAGCCGUAAAACUUUUCAACACUUUAAAGCCAUCUUUAACUUUCUCUCUAUUCGAGCAGCAUGACUUUUAACCCAGAACACAAAAUCGAAUCCUGCUCAUUGGGUUUUUUAUUUCUAUUAACGCCCAGAUUCUUCAAAGAGUUAAUAUAUAUUCUCCUACUUUAUAAUUUCUCCUUAUUAAGAAUAUUUUAUUAUGUCGAUUUCCUAAGAUGGCAUAUGCAAUAUAUUUUUAGAAUUACUAUUUUUGGAAAAUGAACUUAACAAAUCAAGAAAAGAAUAUGCAUUAUUCUUUUUUUUAUUAUUUCAAAUUAGUUUUAAAUCAUCACAGCGUUAAUUGAGAUCUGACCAAAUGAAAGAAAGAGGAGAACGAAGGGAGUUAAUGCCAUCGUUUAACCUAAGGUUGUGGAUAAUAAGCAGCGAGAAAGUCCCUUCUAGGCGAUUUCUAAUGAAGUGUACAUAUCUGAAUCCAGGAAGCACCGGGCACUCUUUAAACAAGCAGACAGCCAAUGCACAGUGUAGUAUUUUUGCAAGAUCUGUAAUAAUUAUAUUUAAACUAAGAAAAAAAAAUAUUUAAAUGGAGUAAACAAUACAGUAUAUUAAGAUUUCAAUUUAACUUAUUUGGAAAUACUGUGUCUAAUUGAUUAACUAUAUCCUGUUUCUUUGUGCUCCAGGAUUGAAAUGAUUUCUGUUUAUUUGUAACUUAUGGGUUUAGAGAUUAAAUGAUUGAGUGGUGGUCGUUGACAGAUAUGUAAAUGUUGUUUACUUUAUAUCAUUUAGUUGUCGGGGGAGUGGAGUCCAGACCAAAGCACACCCUGACAGGCAGGAGAGCAGAAGUGGACACAAACCACAGACACACAUUUCAUCAGAUUAUCUUCUGAGAUAAAAAGUCAAGUCUGACCUAAGACCCGUGGGACUUCUGUCUCUCCUGCCCAACCUGACUGACCUUGUGAAGUGUGACGUUUGGGAGAAUGCAGUUGCAACAUGGUCACCUGAGCUUUUAUUGAUUUGUCCCAUUAGGGGAGAGACAGAGACGGUACACCUGAGACAGGACGGGACGUUCUCUGAGCUCCAGGUAGAAGAUCCCCUCAGGCGUUGAUCUAAGACUAGUUUACCUUCUCUAAAUUUAACCCAAUGUUAUUGCGAGUUUUAACUGUCAGGAAUUAGGGACUGUUUGAAAAUUACUACUGGGUGUUUAUGUAUGUUUAACUUUUGUUCAAGGAGUGUCUUAAACAUAGGGUUUUGCAAUUAUUUUUUCAUAUGGUCCAAAGAAAGGGGAGGGUUCAAAGAAAAUAUUAACGCUCUUAUGGAGGGCCUUUUAUGACUUUAAUUCACUUUUCUUAUUACAGAAAAUAUAAAAUUUGGCACUCCCCCUCCCCACUCCAAAUAAUUUUUGCACAAUCCCUUAUGUAAAUUAUUAAAACUACAAGUGGAGAGAAAAUUUAGCAAUUUUAAUAUAAUUAAAAAGUAGAUCAAAUUAAGUAUUUACUGAACAGCUUCUCCCACCAUCCUGGUCAACCGGCCACUGUUGCCUUUCUCCCAGAUGUGCAUUCAUGGUGUUUGGCCCCUAGAGGGCAGGAAUCCUAUGUGUGCAGAACAGUCUCACGGCCACGUCCCGGCUCCGUUCAACAGUUUCCUCUCCUUGUCCUGUUGCCUUGCGUUGUUAUCUUUUGGCUAAUGAGAGAUAUGUAGGAACUUCCUGGAAAAUGAGGUUAAGAGAGCUCAGUGAGGAGGCUGUCAUGAGUCAUCCUCCCAAGUGCUGGCCAGCCCUGCAAAAAGCAUGGACUAGAUUGAAUGUUAUUAUUUAUGUAACUUAAUUUCCUAGCAGCUUUGCAUGGACACAGUUGCAUCCUUUGUUACCAUGACAACCGGGCAGGGCCGGCACUCAGGAGAGGGUAGUUUCUGCGUGCGUAUGGUGCCCACAGUGGCGGGGGUCAAACACUGAGUGACCUUUACUGAUGCCACACAGGAAGUGUGUUCACUCCAUGAGGCAAAACAAAAGCACCCAACCAACCCAUGAGACUCUGCUUUCUGUGUGGUCUGUAUUGAUGCUUAUUGUCGACAUAUUUUGAUAUAUUUGGAAAAAACGGGGGAUAUACAGUAAAAAGUCUAGAUAUUUUUGGAGUAGAGAAGCAAUGUGUGUAUCAGAUUAUUGUCACUUUGUCAUGCUCUCUGAAAAUCUCGGAUUUUUUGGAAAAAUUAUAUAACAUCCCUACUGAUUUAAUGUUCCAUUGAAAGAAUAUUUAUAAA